GCAGCAGCUUCAAUGCAAACAUCGUCUUUGCGAUCAGUGACAACCUCCCGAAUGGCAACUUCUUUUCGCUCAGAAUCAUAUAGUACAUCUUUAAAAGCAAAUUUCUUCAUCUACCUACCUACCUAUAUCUAUAUCUAUAUAUCGCUCUUACAUCGCUUUAUACACAACACGUUUCGUAACAGCAGCAACAACAAUAGCAGCACAAGCUUCCCGCAACCCUCGUACCGAGUAAUAACGAUAUACCCUCUCUUUCUCUUUCUCGUCCUUUCUUCAUCAUUUCAUCAAUUUAUCUUUCCAAACCCCAUGACGACUGAUCGAUGUUAAUGCUAAAGACAUGCACACACACAUACACACACACACACACAUAACUCACGUGGCAGCAUACACUUAAUUUUGUUCUGAUUUGUGAUUGAUUCGCG